AGGAACAAGUGAACAUCCAAGAGGUGAAGUGAAAGAAGGUCGGAGAGAGAUGGUGGGUACAGUGGGUCCGAGAGUUGAAAGCUUGGCGAGCAGUGGGAUAAAGUGUAUCCCCAAGGAGUACGUCAGGCCGCAAGAGGAGUUGGAGAACAUAGGAAACGUCUUCGAGGAGGAAAAGAAGGAAGGGCCUCAAGUUCCAACCAUUGACCUGGGAGAGAUAGAUUCGCCGUCGGAGGUUGUUCGAGGGAAGUGUCGGGAGAAGCUGAAGAAAGCGGCGGCGGAAUGGGGCGUGAUGAACCUGGUGAACCAUGGCAUCCCUGAGGAGCUCUUGAAUCGGCUGCGGAAAGCUGGGGAAACCUUCUUCUCUCUUCCAAUUGAGGAGAAGGAGAAGUACGCCAACGACCAAGCCACUGGGAAGAUUCAGGGGUAUGGAAGCAAGCUUGCCAACAAUGCCAGUGGCCAAUUGGAGUGGGAAGAUUACUUCUUCCACCUUGUUUAUCCUGAAGAGAAACGCGACCUCUCCAUCUGGCCAACCAAACCUUCUGAUUACACUGAGGCUACAAGCGAGUAUGCAAGGCAACUGAGGAGGCUUGCGACGAAGAUACUGGAGGCACUGUCUAUUGGAUUGGGGUUGGAAGGUGGAAGAUUAGAGAAGGAAGUGGGUGGAAUGGAAGAACUUUUGCUUCAGUUGAAGAUCAACUACUACCCAAUCUGUCCACAGCCGGAAUUGGCUCUGGGAGUUGAAGCUCACACAGAUGUAAGUUCACUGACCUUCCUCCUUCAUAACAUGGUGCCGGGUCUGCAACUUUUCUACAAGGGCAACUGGGUGACGGCGAAGUGUGUGCCUAAUUCCAUUUUCAUGCACAUCGGAGACACCAUUGAAAUCCUGAGUAACGGGAGGUACAAGAGUAUUCUCCACCGGGGAUUGGUGAACAAAGAAAAAGUUCGAAUAUCCUGGGCCGUGUUCUGUGAACCCCCGAAGGAGAAGAUCAUCUUGCAGCCACUGCCUGAACUCGUGACGGAGAAAGAACCGGCACGUUUUCCUCCCCGCACUUUUGCUCAACAUAUUCACCACAAACUUUUCAGGAAGGACGAGGAAGCUCUUCCGAAUUGAGUCUCUCCGUCUCCUGAUUCAUCAUCACUCUACUCUAUGCUUCUCUUCUGCACUUCUUAGUCCUUAUUGCUUGUACUAAUAAAACGACCACUCCUGUGGUCUCUCUCCUCGUGUUAAGUUUCUUUCAUUUCCUUUAUUAAAAUAUAUUAUUUUUCUUUAUUGAAAUUGUUCUUUU